UUGCAGUCCUCGCUAAUUUACGGCGCUGGUGGAGGUGGCCCAACUACCGUAUCUCUCGAUUCGGCCUACAUUAUAGUGGCUGCUGGAGGUGGUGGAGCUUAUCCAAAAAGGUAUAUCGACGGCCCACCUAAUAACCCUGCUGGAGGUUUCUUCUCUUCUGAACUACCCAUAGACGAAUAUGUCACUGUCAAUGCUGGGAACGGAAUUUCGGUUUCGUCGCCGUCACGACAUUUGUGGUCUUGUGGAGGUUUCCCGAAUGUGGGCGGCAUCGCUGCGCCUUGCGACCCAGCUGCUGGUGGCGGAGGAGGGUAUUACGGUGGUGCUGCUCAAAUUCGUAAUCAUGGUAUAGGAGGCACAAAUUGGCUAGGACUCAACUCUUCAUCCUAUCUCCUACAAUCUGGUACUCAUGCAGGCGAUGGUUCUGUAAUAAUUUAUGCAUGUCGUCUAAUCUGUCCAACGAGGUCCAAAUGUUUCUUCCCAAAUUUGGAGUCUGCAGAGCAGAUGGAAUGUCUUUGUGAGUUUGGAGAUGUCGUUUCACCUGAUGGAAGCUGUGCAGAAUCAUUAGUGACUUCUAUAUUGCUACAGCACAAAUUAGCUGGAAUCAUACUUUUUCUCUGCGUCAUCAUGUUUCUUGCUGUUAUCAUAAGAUUGCUUCGCAGAUCAUUUACAAAGGCCCCUACUGCAGCUGACCAGAUCAAACUGGUAGUGAUGCAGUCCGAUUAUAAGGACGUGGACGUCGGAGAAUCGUACUGGGACCAGAUUGCGUCUCUACCUUGCCUUCCGUGGAAUGAGAUUUCCAUCGGCAGAGAGAUUGGAACAGGAGCAUUUGGCACAGUUCAUGAGGGACACACGAAAGAUGGGAAGGCUUUUGCUGUGAAGACAAUCUGCAUGAACAAGAGCACAUCGGCUGAGGCACAACGAGAGUUUGCAUUCGAAGCACUUUUCAUGCAUACGACUCCAUUGGAUACAAUGGGACCCUCCCCGACUUCGGAUAAUCUUAGAGCUAAUGGAAGGCGGAGACUUGCGGUCGUUCUUAAGGGAUGCUCGACCAACACAAGAUGUGAAGAGCUGAACCGCCAGAAGUACAUUCAUAGGGAUCUCGCAGCUCGAAAUUGUCUCCUUACCGAAAGAGGACCGAAUAGGAGAGCGAAAAUAGGCGACUUUGGCAUGGCCAGGGAUAUUUAUGAGUGCGUUUCAUUCCUGUGA